UGUGUGUGUGUGUGUGUGUGUGUUUGCCGUGCGUGUGUGGGACGGAGCAUGUGCACAACAUGCAGCGGCCUAUUUUUCGGACUCCCCCCACUCACACUACCCCAACUCCCCGUCCUACUCCCUCCGUUUAGAUUGUUUUUUUUGCAUCUUUUCGCAUCCGGAGAAUUAAGUCAAGAUGACCAAGGGUACCACUUCUAUGGGUAAGCGCAACUCGAAGACUCACACCCAGUGUCUUCGUUGCAACAAGAGCUCCUUCCACAUCCAGAAGAAGGUUUGCGCUUCCUGCGGCUACCCUGCUGCCCGCAUUCGCUCUUUCAACUGGUCUGAGCGCGCCAUCCGCCGCCGCACCACCGGUACCGGCCGCAUGCGCCACCUGAAGCACCUCCCCCGCCGCUUCAAGAACGGUUUCCGCACUGGCCACUCCCUCUUCGGCAAGAAGGUCGCCUCUGCCUAAGCAGCACAUGCUUUUACAGAGUAGCAAAGCAGAUAUCGCCUUGUCGGCAUACUUUUCCGAUCCAAAAUAAUAACCAACUGUUCUGGUUUAGGGAAUAUACAUUCCGACUGGCCAUCUCAUGCGCAGAGCCAUUCCCCUCCCAUACUCACAUGUCUCCCGAUAUAUGGAUUCCUUGUUCA